GUUGCGCCGCUCCAUUGGUCCGGGCGGGGCGAUGACAUCAUGCCCGCCGCCGUGGUUUGGGGGGGGCAGUUUCGUUCCGGCUCGGCUCGGCUCGGCUCGGCUCGGCCAUGGACCGGCGGCGGGCCCCGGUCGCGCAGGAGUGACCCGUUGUGACGCCGCUGGGAUCCCAACCGCAGCGCAUCGGCGUGAGCACCAUCCGGCUCCGUGGGACACACGGCUCAGUCUCGCCCCCCCCGGUGCAGCCCCCGUCCCGCCGCGGCGAUGCCGAUCCUCAAGCAGCUCGUGUCCAACUCUGCCCACUCCAAGCGGCGCUCACGGGCCGACCUGACGGCCGAGAUGAUCAGCGCUCCGCUGGGCGACUUCCGCCACACCAUGCACGUGGGGCGGGCAGGGGACGCCUUUGGGGACACCUCCUUCCUCACCAGCAAGGCCGGGGAGCCGGGGAUGGAGAUGGGCGAGGAGCCAGGAGCCUCCAAGCCCAGCCUGCUGUCCCGCCGCUUCCGCAGCAGCAAGCGCUCGCAGUCGGUGACACGGGGUGACCGUCGGGACAUGCUGGGUUCGCUGCGGGACUCGGCGCUCUUCGUGAAGAACGCCGUCUCCCUGCCCCAGCUCAACGAGAAGGAGGUGGACAGGAGCGCGGGGCAGCUGCCCAAGAGCCUCUCCUCCAGCCCCGUCAAGAAGCUGCCCGAGGAGGUGAGUCCUGACGAGCAGCAGCGCCCAAACGGGGCGGCCGCGGGGCCGCUGAGCCCCGGCUUGGACGAGCGCGACUUCGGGGACAUCACGGAGCUGCCCGUCGUGGUGGCCAAGAGCGGGGCGGGCAUGAAGCACGCCGAGUCCAUCAUGUCCUUCCACAUCGACCUGGGGCCCUCCAUGCUCGGGGACGUCCUGAGCAUCAUGGAUAAGGAGCAGUGGGAGCAGGAUGAAGACCCCGAGGCAGAGGAGAGCCGCAAGGAGGAGGAGGAGGAUGAUGCCGCCACCCUGCCUGGCUCCCCGGCAGCAUUCCCAAUGAGCCAGAGCCCGUCCCGUGGCGUUCGCUGCCCCAGGGACAGCAGUUCGGGGCCAGAAGAGCGCAGCCCCAUCCCCAUCCCACCGAGCCAGCGGGGGGGCCCCCCGAAACGCCCCGACAAGGAGUUCUCAUUCGCCGAUGAAGACGACGACGAGAUCAGAGUAUAAGAGGCGGGUGUUGAGGGCUCUGGUUCUCAUCUGCGGUGGUUGGACACGAGGCUGAAUAUCCCGGUGCUGCACCGGGUGGCACCGGGGAGACUCAACUCAUGACUCCUUCCCUCUCCCCAUCCCAGCAGGACAGUGCUCAGCUCCUGGGAAUGGGGGCACCGACACCCCCGGGGAGCUCCAGCCCAUCCCGGGAGGGGAAAGCAGACUCUGUUUCAGUUCUUUCUGUUGGACUUUGGAUAUUAGCUUUUUUUCUGCCCCCUCUUGCCCGUGUAAAGCAAUAUAGGGUCAAACAAGACGAGGCUCCCAAGUUUUAGCCCCUUUAGUAAUAUAUAUAUUUUUUUCCACCGUACAGUUUUUACCGCUCUCUGAUUUGUACUUAACUUUCCUUACUCUCGCUUUUGGUUUUAACGGAGGGGAGGUUUCCCAUGAGGAAGGACUUGGCUCGGGAGCUCAGACGAGGCUCUGACUUCCUGGCUUUCUUGGGGACUUUCUACAGACCAAGAGCCUCCAGCCCUGUGCUGUGGGGGGGGCUUGCUCCCCAUCCCUUGGAUGGAUGAAUGGAUGGAUGGAUCCAUCCCGGAUGCUUCACACUCCAAAUGGGGGGAUGCCCCUGGCCAUCCCUGCCACCGGCUGCUCCCAGGGAUGCUGAUGGGAGCGUGGGUCUGUCCCCCAUGGGAUGAACCCCCCGUGAGCCAGGGUGAGCCCUGGUGUGUCCAUGCUGGGCAGCCGCCAUCAUGGCAUUGGUCUGGCUCGGCAGUGCUGACACUGGCCUGGUGCAGGCGGUUCAAGAGCAGGUUUUAUACCAUGUAUGUACAAAUGCAAAGAAUAAAAGGAACCGGUAGUGAC